AUGGAGACUCCUGCAGCUCCAGCAAAGGGCAAGGGUCCGAUCAUAGACCCGGCCUUAUGUAGGUGCUGCAGGUCUAUAAAGAAAUGUCGCCUUUUAACAGUCGAGUAUGAAUGGAUGGGAAGUAAAGAGGUUUAUUCAGAUAUGUUCAUGGAUUGUUUUGGACUACUUCUAUCAAACCUAGACGGUGAGACCAAGGAGUGUUGUAUAUGUGCGACCUGUGUGGUGAGGCUGCGUGACGCCUGUGCGUUUAGACAACAAGUGCUGCAGUCCGAGGAGGUGUUCCUUAGUACCAGACUGCAUUUAAAAGAAGAUUGUUCAGACAAGGUGGAAGUAAUAAUAAAGGCGGAACCACUAUGUGAGGUCUCCGAUGGCUCUGAUGGAAUGGAGGACCGGGAUGAACUCCCGGACCAGGAUAUGACAGAUGCAAUAGACACAAAAAUAGACAUGGACUUAAAGGACGAGUCGGAGGAAGCUCCCGUGUCAUGUCGCACGCGCGCCAAGAGGGAGCGGGGAGAGCGGUCCAUUAAGAAGGAGAUCUCCAUCAAGAUGAAGAAGUUGCGAGCCAAACUAGACGAGAUGUUGGAUAAACCUGUUGCAGAGGUCCCAGUAAAAAAAGAAACUAGCAAAAAGAAAAAACAAGAAUUAGAUCAUGACUUGAUGGUGUACACCAACGCUUUGACUAUAGUACAUAACUCUUAUGUCUGUCCUUUUCAAAACAGAAUCAGUAUAUACUACUGCUUCUACUGCAGAGACCAAUUCACUAACCCAAAUGAACUACGAGAACACACCCUCACCCACGACCCAGUCGAACUAUUCCAGAACACGAUGGAAAACCGUAAAAUCCCGAAAAUAGACAUCACUAGAAUCGAUUGUCGAUUAUGCAACGAGAAAAUCGAUGAUUUAGAAGUCUUCAAAAAACAUCUAACUAGUGUACACGGCAAGAUGCUGUAUCCGGUCACGAAUGAAUUUUUGAAAUUCAAAUUGAGUUUGAAUAAUUUGAUUUGCACAGAAUGCAAUGGUACGUUUCCAUAUUUUGAUGUUUUAAAGAAACAUAUGAUUGAUCAUUUUGGGACUUACAUCUGCGAUGUUUGCGGCGCUUGCUUUUUAGAGCGUAAUUCAUUGCGUACACAUAUAAAAUCGCAUACGAAGGUCGAAGAAAGUUUUCCAUGCGAGAUAUGCGGGAAGAAUUUAAAAAGUAAAUACAGUAGGUACUUACAUGUAGCUACGGUUCAUGAGAAGAAACCAACAGUGAAUUGCUACAAAUGCGAGGCUAGUUUCCUCUCCUACGCUUUAAGGAAUCGACAUUUGAUCGAAGUGCACGGCGACAAAAGAACUUUUGCCUGUAAGCUCUGUGACAAAGUCUACAAUAGACGAAAGACUUUGAUGGAACACAAUAGAAGAAACCAUUUGAAAGUCUACAAGCAUCAGUGUGAUCUGUGCGAUCAAAGGUUCUAUCUUCCGUCGCGGUUGAAAGAACAUAUGGCGACUCAUACAGGGGAGAGGAACUUCAGAUGUGAGUUUUGUGACAAAAGUUACCCCCGUCUACAGUCGUUGCAGGAACAUAUAAGGUCUCAUAGUAAUGAUAGAAGAUACAAAUGCGAUAUCUGUAACUCGACUUUCACACAAAAUGGUAGUUUGAAAAAUCAUAUGAAGUCUCAUCAUCAUCAGAAUUAUGAUUUGGAUGCUAAUUAUAGCUGA